CUCUACUCGUGACUACCUGAGUGAAAACUACCCUCCCGGGAUCUGUAUUCCCCACGCAUUUCUCCACACGUCCUAAAUUUAUGCAACAGUUGUCAUGGAUUUCUCAGCAUCUGAAUACCAGGCGAAUCCACAAAUACCGAUCGAUCUGUUCGUGUCCAAGAAAAGCGGUAACGCCGGCGGCGGAAGCGGCGGCCUCAGAUUCGCCGACGCGUCCGGCAAUCUCGUGUAUAGAGUAGAAAGUCAAUCGCACGAUUCGACUCGCAAACGAGUCCUCUUCGAUUCCGCCGGGAAUGCCCUAAUUUGCAUCGCCCGUAACCACAAAGGAUCUUGGCAAUGCUUCAAGGGAAACAGCAGUGAAGAGAACAACUUGAUAUGCAGAGUAGAUAGGACACUAAAGUCAUUCAAUAGCACCGAGUUUGAGAUAUUCCCUGGCGGUGAAAUUGGGGAAGAGUCAAAGUCUGAUUUCAAGAUGAAAGGUUCACCCUUCUACAGAUCCUGCACCAUCUACAGGGGGGAUACUAUCUUAGCACAGACUAGCCUCAUGUACAAGCUUGGGAUUCAGAAGGUCUUCGUAUCGAGGCACAAAUUUCGACUGACCAUGUUUCCUGGGUUUGGAGAUCAUGCUUUUGUUGUGGCUUUGAUUGUAAUUUAUUUUGAUGGGCGAAAACUGUGGAUCUGACCAAACUUAAACAUACGAUUAUAUGCGUAAUUUUUAUCCUCCCUAACAUUUAAUUUCAUCUCCCUGACAUGGUUGCCAAA